AUGAGGUACACAAACACACACUUGUAAUUUUAAAUGUGUGAAAGGUCAAUUACAGCAUGGCGAGGUCAGGGGUGUGCAUUCACUGUCAUGUGAUGCAGUAGUAGAAAUCUGGUGAAGUAAAACAAGUUCAGAUGUAAAAUGUUGGCUUCCGAAGGCAUUUAAACUCAGGAUUCCCCCCCCCCUUUAAGCCCUUUACUUGUCAAACUUGCAGCUCCACCUUAUUUCUUUAAGCUUGCAGGAGUACAACAUGGCGGGAGAGCAGAGAGUGGCGGUGAGUCAGAGGAAGAAAUGGAAUAUAAGCAGCAGCGAAGAGUCCAAAGUGAACAUCGACAGCACUGAGCAGGAGGAUCUGGCAGUUCCUUUCCGGGGUCCCGUCGCUGGUGGGAUGCGUCCUGGCAGGAAGGUUAUCAUCUUUGCUGUCUUGGACUCACAUCCUGACAGGUUCUACAUCGCCCUGACGUGUGGCUGUGGGAUGCCCAGAGAGCCUCCCGCUGACGUGGCUCUGGAGAUCUGCGUCCGCUUCAAGGAGCGUCAGGUGCUACGUCGGGCGUGCGUGAGGGGGGCGUGGGGUCGUGCUGAGAGUGCCAUUCCCUUCUUUCCUUUCAUCAAGAAUCAACCCUUCAAGAUGGAGGUGCAGUGUGAACACGGUCGAUUUCGCGUCUUCCUGGACGGACAGCAGCUUUUUGACUUUCAACACCGAGUGGCACCGCUCCACCUCAUAGACACCCUGUGGGUCAGGGGCAGUAUUGCCAUCACCAAAUUGGCCUGAGGGGGCGUCAUUGAGACAAUGGAUGCUAAAUAAGAUGGAUGGAUGAUGAAAGUAUGGAUGCAUUAUCACACUGCUGGUUAUGGUUCUGGUUCCGGUGGUCUAAAUGGUCAUUUUCUUAACCCAGUGUGGUCUGCUUAGGACCAUUGAGUCAGCAUGAGGUUUUGUCACCAUUUAGUAACAAUGUGUAUUGGUAUUCUCCUAAAAAAGUCUUAUAUAUUUGUAUAUUUUAGAGUUUCUUUAUAUUUCAUUCAUGUUGUAAAAAUGUAGAUUUAAAAAUAUAUAAUAAAUAAUGGUAUCUAC